CAUUACUCUUAAGAUCAAACUGCUAUGACGUCAUUUUAUGUGGAGACGGGUGGAGAGCUAACUGACCCAGUUAUGACGUCAUUCCGUGUUUUUAUGGUCAUAUAUUUUGCGAUGACCCGCAUUGGGUAUGUGACGUCACGGGGUCACUUCCGCUGCGGAAGCCGCUGCUCCAUGUAAACAAAGCGGAGUUAGCAGGUGGAGAGCGGCUCCGUGCUGAAACGAAGAAAAUACACCCGAAACGAACCGAACCGGACCGGAGCCGACAGGCUGUGACAUGGAGCCCCUCUGCGACUGAACCGGAACCAGCAACAUGUCCAUGGAAGACCCGUUCUUCGUCGUCAAGGGGGAGGUGCAGAAGGCCGUGAACGCAGCACAGAGCCUCCAUCACAGAUGGAGCGAGCUGCUGCAGGAGGGGGGCGGAGCCUCCAAGGAAGAAAUGGACUGGACGACCAAUGAGCUCAGGAACAGUCUGCGCUCCAUCGAGUGGGACCUGGAAGACCUCGACGAGACCAUUAGCAUCGUUGAGUCCAAUCCAAAGAAGUUUAACUUGGACGCAGCCGAGCUGUCGAAGAGGAAAGCCUUCAUCACCAGCACCAGACAGACUGUCAAGGAAAUGAAAGAGCAGAUGUCAAGUCCAGCUGCUGCCUCGGUGGACAGAAAGAACAAGCAGGCUCUGCUCGGCGAGCGCGGUGCUCAGGGUCCGAUCUGGCAGCCUGGUGCUGAUAAAUACAACCGACUGGAUCAUCAGCUGCAGAAUGCCAACUCUCAGUUCAUAGAGGAGCAGCAGGUCCAGCAGCAGCUGAUAGCAGAACAGCAGGAUGAACAGCUGGAGCUCGUGUCAGGAACAAUUGGAGUCCUGAAGAACAUGUCAGAGAGGAUCGGCAUGGAGCUGGACGAACAGGCCGUGAUGUUGGACGACUUUGGUCAUGAGAUGGACAACACCCAGUCCAGAUUGGACAACGUCAUGAAGAAACUGGCUAAAGUGUCUCACAUGACAAGCGAUCGCCGUCAGUGGUGUGCUAUUGGCGUGUUGCUUGCCAUCCUCUUUGUCGUCAUCCUCCUCUUCUUCAUCCUCUGAUUGAUGCUUCCUCCUGUCAGCACAGAACUUGUCUUGCUGCUGGACUCUGCUGACCUCUCCUGGACUCUCCUAGACUCUACUGGACUCUGCUGACCUCUCCUGGACUCUCCUAGACUCUACUUGACUCUGCUGACCUCUCCUGGACUCUCCUUGACUCUGCUGACCUCUCCUGGAGUCUGAUCAGACCAUUUAAGUCCUGAUCUCGGGGCAGCUGGACUGAUCAUGUGUAGGACGGUAAUGAGUGCUGUGAAGCAUUCUGGGACUUGAUGUUAAAAUCCAUCAUGUAAAGAUCUACACCUGACGACAGGUAACACAUCUGAGCUGUCAGGGACCAAUCAGACACCAUUAGUCCACCUUAAAACAGUUCACCUUAAACCAGUGUUGUACAAAAGCAGUAUUUAAUGUAGGUUAACCUCAACACAAAGGUUGCUUUCACUUUAACUCCAGCUCAGUUCUGUGAUGUUUGAGUUAAUUUCAACUUGUUCUUGUUUAAUCAGCGUGACACAAAAAACACUUUUUAAAAAUCAAAUAAUCUGGAAAACCAAAAGCUUUUUGGUCAGUUUUGAAUCGGGUCUCUGCAGGACUCUACUGGACCCUAAUAUCAUAGACAGACUUAACUGGAACACACUAUGUAUAGAUUCAAAUUUAGCUAGACUAGACUAGACUAGACUGGACUGGACUGGAUCGGAUCCCUCUGAGUGGGACUUAAAAGGCACUUUGGUUCUUUGAGUGUUUGACUGUUAAAAUCAUUGCAGAGGUCAAAGGUCAAACCAGGUGGAAACAUGUUUGAUGUGUUUUAAAGAUUUAUGUUUGUGUUUGUUUGGAUGUUUUAUUUAAAGGGCUUAAAAUAACCAGUUCAACGCCUCUUUAAACCCAGUUUAAGUUUGAGUUUGACUUCACUCCAUUUACCUCUUGUUUACUCCAGUUAAACUCAAGUUUAAUCCCAGUUUAACUCCUUUUAAACUCUUAACUAUACUUGAAUGCAACUUUUAACCACAGUUUGGCUCCAGUAUAAUUUCAAAUUAAGAUAUUUCUUCUAACGUCAUCGUUUCUCCAUUUUAAUCUCAACUUUACAUCACUUUACUUCGGGUUUAAUCCUGGUUGUUUAGUCUGAGGUUGACGCUUGUUGAUGAACAUAAUCUCUGAAAAAAAAGAACACUAAAACUUCCUGUUUGUGGAUUUGUUUGUUGUUUUUAAUGUUUUUCAUGUUUUGGUUAGUUUCUCUAACACUUUAUUUUUUGUUUCGUUUAUCGAUCAGUUUACUGAUCAGUGGACCUUUCUACUGUUAAACUGUCAUUAACUCAAACAGUGCACUUCCUGCUGCUGCUUCAUAAUAAUAGCCUUUCUUCAGUGACCCUUUGGAAGGGUUUUAAUGUGAAGCAGCAGCAGGAACUGUAGUCCUGGAGGUCAGCCAGUCAGGUAACUGCCUGUUAAAAAUUAGUGGAAAUCAGGUCACAGGUAAGACAAAGCAGCUAAUCACAUCGUCCACACCAUCAGGUUUACGGUACGCAUGACGGUAAAAUUUUCACAUCUUUGGUGAUGAAAUGUUAAAAGUUAAACUAUUUCCUGUUGCUGCUGAAAUGAAAUAAAACCACAGUGUUUAGAAAUCUGAAUGAUGGAUAUACGACAAUCAAUUAAAUGCAGUAAUCAGUACAUACAUUUUACUAUUUAAUCUGUUUAUUC